GAAAGCGAGAAAAAAAGUUCGUGCACGCUCUUCCAGGCAUCACAGUGUGAGCUUCACUACUUGGCUUCCAAAUCCUCAUAUUCGCUUUGGAAUUGUAAACAUUGUCGACCACUGCAAUCGCUACGUUUAUUCCCACUCUGCUUCCGCAGUCAGCUAGGGUAGGGGAGAACCAACGAUGAACAUGAACAUCUUCAGGAAGAAAACCUCCCCCAAAGAUGCUCUUCGCACCAGCAAGCGAGAAAUGGCUGUUGCAACUAGAGGCAUUGAGCGAGAAAUUGCCUCUCUUCAGUUGGAGGAAAAAAAAUUGGUCGCGGAGAUAAAGCAGACAGCUAAAACUGGGAAUGAGGCUGCCACUAGAAUCCUUGCUCGACAGCUUGUUCGCCUACGCCAACAAAUAACUAAUUUGCAAGGAAGUCGUGCCCAAAUUCGAGGUGUAGCUACUCAUACACAGGCACUAUAUGCUAGUACUUCAAUCUCUACUGGAAUGAAGGGUGCAACAAAAGCAAUGGUUGCAAUGAACAAGCAAAUGGCACCAGCAAAGCAGGCUAAAGUGAUUAAGGAGUUUCAGAAGCAGUCGGCACAGUUGGACAUGACGAUUGAAAUGAUGUCAGAGUCUAUAGAUGAAACUUUAGAUAAGGAUGAGGCCGAAGAGGAAACUGAGGAGCUUACGAAUCAGGUGCUUGAUGAGAUUGGCGUUGAUAUUGCAUCCCAGUUGUCUUCUGCUCCCAAAGGCCGGAUUGCAGCAAGGAAGACUGAAAAUACAGUUGCCAGCUCCGAAUCUCCAGAUGUUGAGGACCUUGAAAAGAGGUUGGCCUCUCUUCGACGUAAUUGAAUUGAGAUCGAAUUCCACAAAGCUACGGGAAUUUCAAAUACAUCAGUUCUAUUUACAUGUAAAGUCAAAUAAUAUUGUUGUUGGUAGCAAAUUUACAUGGAUCAUAUUUCCCUUUGUUAACAUGAAUUAACUAGUCAAUGUAUAUUUGUUGUGUGGGACUCGGAAGCAUGAUUAAUUAGGAUUAUAAUGGAGAGGAAAGUUUUAGAACACCAUCCGU